ACUUUAAAAAUGGAGUCGAAAUUUGUUGACAUUUUAAAAAUUGAAUUACCUGGAAUCGUUGAAUCAAAACAAAAAUAUAGAUUAUUUUCUUGUGAUAAUCUGCUUAUUGUGAAUUAGUCUGUCGAACAGUCGAUGAGCAAUAUUUGGAGAAAUUAGUUUUAAAUUUCCAAAUUAGUACUGCAAUUGAUUAUUUUCUUAGUUCUAACUGUCAAAAGAGUUAAAAUUGAAUCAAGUGUUUGUUGAAACGUGCCGAACGUGCCAGAGGUGGGAUUUUAUUGUCACAAUGGAUGAUAUAAUUGUUCUCAGCGAUUCCGAGGAUGAAUCGGUCGCUGUAACUCAACCUUUACCUGCUCGAUUUAAUAAUGUUGAUGAUGAUUUUGAUUUUCCCGAAGUUAAUUUUUGCUAUGAGAAAAAUAAAAAAGAAACUUAUGUAGAUUCAGCUUUUGGUUCCUUUGAGACAAUCGAGAGUAAUAGAUUUAUUUCAAGACAAAAUUCAGGACUAUCGUCGGAGGGUUCACAAGAUUCGGCUAUAAAUAUUGCAACUAGUUCCAAAGCGAAAAAAGCGAAAAUCGCAAAUGAAAAGAAACUGGAACGCGAACGCAAAAAAGAAGAAAAGGAAAGACAGAAAGCACAAAAAGCUGUGGAUAAUAAAAAUUCGAAAAGCAUGCAACCUAAUGAGUGUAUAAAGUCGAUGCGAAUCAUCAUCGAUGGAAAUUUACAAACUCAACCCUAUUUUAAUAAUUUGAUUUCUAAUUUGCAGAAAGAUGAAUUAAAAUUCGUUGUUGAUUCACAGCCAAUUCAGUUUAGUAUCACUUGGAAGAGGGAGACGGAGGAGCAUUAUCUUAAUCAAAAAAAUGAACAAUGUUCGUGGAAAAGUUCAAAGGAUGAAAAUGAAUUGCUCAUCAUUUGGAAUUGUAAGGAUGUUUUGAAUAAAAUUGCAGAUUCAACGUUUAUUGAAACAAUUGGCAGUAUUGUUGAGUUUGACAGGAAGAAACGAGUGACGCUUUUUAUUUAUGGAAUGAAGGAAUAUUUUGCCUAUCAUAAAAAUUUGAAGACUAGUCUUAAUCGAAUUGGAGUGAUUGCAGAAUUGGGAGAAGAUGAACCAAUGAGAAAGCAAAAUAAGAAGGAUAGACUUUAUGGAUCGGCGCCAACGAUCAGCAAAAGUGAUUUGGAUGUAAAUCUCUGUGAAUUGCAAGUAUUGUACAAUUGUUCGAGUCGACUUAUCAAUUCCCAGGAGGAUUUAAGUUUGGCGAUAUAUCAAUUUACGAAGGCAAUUGCUGAAGCACCGAUGAAAUUGGAGAAAUAUAAAAAUUACGAUUUUUGUACCGACUCUUCGAAUUCAGUGGCAGUGAAUAAAGAUGGCAUUGGAUUGAAGAGCUUAUGGCAACAAAUGCUGUGUCAAUUUGAUAAUUGUAGCUUGGUAAUUGCUGAGGCGAUUUGUCGAGUUUAUGAAAGUCCUGUUCAAUUGAUGGAAGCUUAUUCAACAUGCACACCGAAGGAAGGAGAAAUGCUACUGAAAGAUAUUCCUAUAAGAAGAGCAGCUGGAACUAUUACUAAAGCGCAAAAAAUUGGACCUCAAAAAAGUAAAAGAAUUUAUUUGAUGUUUACAACCGAGGAUGGUGAAGUUUUACUUGACCUUAACACUGACAAUAAAAAGUAAAGACAUUUUUUUAUAUGUAUUAUUAUUUUAUUUUUAUUGUUCAAGGUGUGCAAUUACAUGAUCGCAAAACUAUUUCCGUUAUACAUUGAUAAUAUAACUUUAUAAUCGCACUUAACAAAGUUUAUUGUUUAAAUAAGAAAGAAUGUUUUUUUUUGAGCUUGAAAGGAUUGAAAAUAUACAAAGUGUUUUUUUUUACAAAUUUGUAAAAAUAAUUUGUAAAAACUGAAAAAGAGAUUAAAAUUAUAUAAUUGUAAUAAAUAUUAACAAAUUAUUAAAUUAUAGUUUAUUGAUUAAAUUGACAAAUUAUUAAAUUAUAAUUUAUUAUUUAAAUUGAUAAAUUAUCAACAAAUUUUUCUUUACGUUUUAUCUGCGAUUUGGUGAAGUUCACAAUGUUUUGUUCUUUUUUUUUACGAAUUUACGAUCAACGAUUUAAAAAAAAAAAUAAAAUUUUUCUUGACGAGAAGAAAAUGUUUAUUUUACAAAUUUUUCUGUUUUAAAUUAUUGGUCAGAAACAUAGCUUAUAAUAAUAAAUAGUUUAUUAUAAUAAUUUUUAUACAGAAAUAUAUAAAAGUUUGAACAGAAUUGUAUUCAAAUUGUUGAUUGUAAACUUCGCCAAAUUGUUUGGAAGAGAAAUAAGUGAUUGAAAAAAAAAGUUAUGUUCUUUCUAAUAAUUAAAAAAAAACUAAUUAUAUACAUUAAUAACGUGAAUUAAUUUGUUUCCAAAUAACUCAUUUUUUCGUUUAUUAAUAUCUUAUGUGUAUCACUUUUACUUAACCAUUCUCUAAAAAAUAUAAAUUCAGUCUCUAAUUAUAAUUUCGCUUCUACAGUAUACAGAAUCAUAAAAUCGUAAAACUCGUAAACUAUCGUUUUUACAAAUGCUAAUUAUAUUUUGAAAUUAUUAUGCUGAAUGGUAUAGUUAAUUUCUAAAGACUAGUUUUUAAAAAAAACUGCGUCUUUUACAAAAAUAUCGUGAACAUUUUUUUUAUAGUGGUGAAAAAUGCUUAAAGCCCUGUUUUAGUAACUUCUUUGAAAUAUUUUGCUUAUUUAUUUACUAUUUUAUUAUUAUUAUUAUACUUAUUUUAUUCCCCGUCGCUUAUAAAUGAAAUGCAGUAAAAGCAUUAUUUGACAUUUAAAAUGAACACAGUAAAUAUGUUUAUACAAACGCUUAUUUUCUAUAUUGAAA